AUGGCGUCGGCUACGGAGGCCCGGUGCCUGGGCCGGAAAGCGGAGUCCGAAAGCCUGGAGAGCCCUCUGCAAGCCGUGCAAGCCGCCGCGGUCAGUCAGGAGCCCGCCCAAGCCGCGUUGCCGAAGUACCGCCUCCACUCCUUCGAGGACUUCCGUCGCUACAUCAUCGACGCGGACAUCAAGCUGGUCCGCCCGGGGUAUCUCCGCGAUCUGCACAAGUUUGGCCUGCUCUGGCCACGAAGGCAGGAAGCCGAACGGCAUGCAGGGGCCCUCUACGCUCCCACGGCGACUGACCGGUUCACCGUUGUGACGAUCUCCCACGUCUGGGAGACCAUGGAACACCCGGAUCCUUGUGGCUUUCAGCUGGCGCAGAUCGUGCAGCAGAUGGACACAGACGCUGUGAGGGCACUGAAGACCGGCAUCAGCUGCAACAGACAUGAUGUUCACUUCUUCAUAGACUUUGUUUCCCUUUACCAAUACAAGCGCGAACAUCAAGGCCAAGAGGACUCGUUCCGCAAGUCCCUGAGCUCCAUGCAUUUAUUCUAUGCGAACUCAGAUGUCUGGCGGAUCGAGUGCUUAACCCCGAAAACAAUGUGGUGGUGGCGCCUUUUGAGAGGAAGCGCUGCCCAUGUCUAUUCUGAGGAGCAGAGCAGCACCGCUGAUGUCCGGCUGAGAGCACUCAAGCGGAACAAGACUGCCUACGCGAAUCGUGGCUGGUGUGCUGCAGAAGCUGAAUGGUCCAAGCCAGGUUCCAAAGACAUCUCCCAAACCGGCUACAUCGCCCUCCUGUUUGUGAAGCUUCGAUGCCGCCUCCUGUCGUUGUUCUUCUUCUUCACCGGUACUGGCAACGAGCUGCCACUGCAGCCAGAGGAGUUCCGUCAGCUCGUGCAGCGUCUCAGGUUCACACACCGAUCCGACUUGGACUCUCUGCUGGAUCUGCAAAGGCAGGUCUUCGAUGAAAAGCUCCUUGUCGAGUUUAUUGCGAUUCGACGCGCCUACCCAAGCCAAGUCCACCGGCUUCUGGAGAUGCUCCCGCUGUACAGCCGCUUGCAAAGGUUCAUUUUGACUCACACACACCUGAAGCCGGCCACCGCCUUGGAGUUGCUGCGGAUGCUCACGGCCAAAGUCACGCUGAGCAGCCUCAGUCUGGAGUUGCCGCACACCAACCUGGGCCUGGCAUCCGUGGUGCUGCUGGCAGAGGUCCUGGUGGACAAUGCGACGCUUCGAACGCUGAACGUAGGUGGAAGCCGCGCGGGAGACACCGGGGCAGCAGCCCUGGCAGAGGCCUUGUUGAGGAACCGGACCUUACAUGAACUCGGCCUGCAGUUUGCAGGCGUGGGCACGGACGGGGCCCUGGCGCUGGCCCGCGGCCUGGAGGCCAACGACACGCUGCGCAAGCUCGACUUGACGAUCAAUCCCAUCGGGCCUCGAGGCCUGAGAGCCCUGAAAGCAGCGCAGGAACGGCGCGGAAGGCUCACUAUCAAUCACGAGAAUUUCGGUCGGGACAGCAGCGUUCUCACGGUCGUUUUCACCAUCCUCAGAAUGUUCCUCUAUGCGGUUCUUCUUUCAAUACGGCUUCGGGCUUGGCUGCGGUGGCAGUGCCGAUGCUGCCAGGCCGGGAGUUUCAGGAUCUUCACCAGAGUUUAG